ACGGAAACUCAAAGUCCUUUUGUUUUAUUUAUAUGGACUUGGUUUUGUCAUUUGUGGGUCUCUUCACCUUUUCUUGUGUGGCCAUAGGCCUAUAGUUAUUCAUCAACUCUCUCUCUCUCCCUCUCCCCUCACCCUCACCCUCACCCUCAUCCUCUCUGUGUCUCAAUGAGAAACAGAUACAGCAAAACAUGACAACCAAAGUAACUGGCUCUACAGCACAGCCCUACACUGAGUGUUGCAUGUGUGGGGAUCUUGGCUUCUCUGACCAGCUUUUUCAGUGCAAAGUCUGUCAAUUCAGAUCUCAGCAUAGAUACUGCAGCAAUCUCUACCCAAAACCAGACUCUCUUGGAACCUGCAAUUGGUGUUUGAGCCAGAGAGAGGACACCAAAGAGAAAUCACCCAAUUCUUCAAAUUCCUCAUCAUCUUAUAAAAACAACGAAGAUGAGAUCAAGAACAAGAAAUUCAGAAACAAUAACAGUGGUCAAAACAUUGGAGGCAACAAGAAGGGAUCAAAAGGGAGUGCUCUUCAUCUCCAACUUCAGAAACCCAUUAAGAAACCAAAGUCACCAGAGUCGUCAAGAUCACCAUCAGCAUCCACAUCCCCAUCAAAAUCUCCAUCGGUUUUGGUCUCAACCCGCAAGAGGAUAGUCACAAACGGUGCUUUGGAAGAGAGGUUGAGAAGAACCAGGUCAGAAGACAUCACAAACACAAGUGGUGCCACUAAACAGGUCUUCAGGAACAAGGUGAGAAGGUACAAGCUUUUGGAUGAAGUUUCAAGUUAAAGCAAAAUAGAAAGAAGAGAGAGUUGUGUAAGAGAUAAUCAAUGAUCAAUCAAUACACGGAAGAAAAAAGGUCACGGUUUUUGUUUUCUUUAGCGUCUUUUACUCUUCAAAGUUUUGUCCCAAAUACAUGUACAGAACAAUGGUGCAUUAAUGAAUGAGCAAAAAAUGUUUUGAACUCAUUAACUUGGCAGUUGCAAUUCCCUUUUCCUUUGUCUCCCCCAUCUUAAUUUUCGAGGAAAUUUAGGAUUCAAUUUGUCAGUUGAAUACUCAAUGUGGAUGGAGGAAGAGUGCUCUAACAGCAUAAUUAAUCAUACGUGUCAUAUAAUGUACUAAGAGUGAGAGAUAAUGGCGAAUAGUUUUGAUCCCCGUCGUAACAAAAAACCAUACCCUCUUCUGUUUUCCUGUAACAUGUAUUAUCAGUUCCUAAUUUAUACUCAGUGACUGUUUGAUAUCUGUAAUCUCUUUUCAUCUUUCUCUUUCAAUUAUAUCAAAACACCCAUCACUGUUAUCAUUCUUUUUCUCUUUUUAUCUUUCUGAGUAUUCUCGUUGGGGUGGCUACCGGACAUUUCAAAUAGAAAAUACUAAUUAAUGUCCUUAAGAAACAAAAAUGCAUUUAUUUCUGUAAUUUUAAUACAUUUGAAUAUAAUUCUUAAUACAAAUUUAUUAUAUGUGGAUUCCUUAAUUAAUGUAUUAAAAAUAUUGGUUAAUAUGACUUUUUUAAUAUAAUAGCAAAUAGCAUCUUCUCUGUUAAAUAACUUGAAGGGAAAAUUAGAGAAGCAAAGCAAGCUUAGCAUUUACUAUUAUUAUUAGAGAAGUAAAUAUUGGGUCAAAUUUUUAUGUGAAUGAGGUUAAGGUCAUUGCAGGAGAUACAGAGAGUCCUAAGCCUUAACUCAUAAGUGAGUCAUGAUAGCCACGCGUCUUGCAUGCCAAAAAGUCCACAGGAGAGCGUAUUCGAAAGUUAGCUAGAAAUUUCUAGGCAACAACAGCACACGUUUUGAAGUGGGGCUUUGGUCCUUAACAAAGAAUCAAUGAACAUACAGUACCAGACAAAGCUUGACAAUGGGGGUCAGCUGCAAAUUUUGUGAAGGUUUGCACCAAUCGCUGCAAGAUACUUAAAAUCCUCGAUAGUGGACACUAAUUUCCUUUCCCACAAGAAUAUUUUUAUGCCUUUUGAAUAUAGAAGGCAAAAUGCAAUAGAUUCCUAGGAAAUUAUGGAAACGAUGGUUUGAUCUGAUGCCUAAUUAAGAAGAAAAUGAUUCAUUAGAAUAAGUUGACUUGUAAAGUGCGUUGUGGAAACUUGAUGCCAUACCAUACAACCCAAUCACUUUUUUCUUAAUACUAUAAAAAUCCUCCUUUCCCGGGGAUGUAAGUGAUCUAUGUAUUAUUUACGCCUUCCUUUGCGUAAUUUUUUCAUUCUUUUUAAUGUAGACUCGAUUGACUAAUAAAUAUUUGUACUAAACAGGUCGUGAUAUAAACUUUAACGUG